AUGAGGACCGCCGCGAGGCUGCUCCUCGCGGUUCUCGUCUCGUCGUGCGUGCUGACCUCGCCUCCCUACGUCGACGCGGCGCACGCCAGGGGCGACGGCGCCGGUGGUGACCUGGGGGACAUCCCCGAGCUGGAGGGGCACAGGCUGGCGGGCGGGGUGAAGAGCGUGGUGACCCAGUUCACGGGCCAGCACGGGCUGGUGGCGAUAGGCAUGGUGGCCGAGCUGCAGAACGAGCUGCAGAGCGCCUUCUGCGACCAGAGCGGGUCGCGGGUGUACAAGUGCGCCGAGUACGAGGAGUCACGGGAGCGUCUCUGGUACACGUUCGCGAACGACUACAUCUGCGGCAUGGCGCCCGAGGACUGGUCGGGGGGUGGGGUGAGGGAGCUGCCCAUCCAGGAGCAGUUCGAGUACCUCCUGUCGCAAUGCGAGUCCCCGUGGAACGGGGACCUCGUCGCGGUCGUCAGGGAGGCCACGAUGGUGUUCCUGGCGCAGUCCACCCUGAACCGGCCGGACAUCAAAGCCGUGGUUGAGGAGAACGACCGCAAGGCGGGGCGGCCGGAGACGCUGCCCACCGACGACCUGUACGCGCUGCACCCGGGGUACUACGAGGACAUCGCGCCGGUGACCACGAACGUCCGCGAACCCAUGGUCGCCACGUGGAGGGUCGAGAGGGACCUCGACGGUCACACGCCGUACGCGGAAGGGGGCGUCCCGAGAAGAGAGGCGCUCGACGCCAGGAAAGGUAAGCUCAUAGCCACCGAGGGACCGACGGAGCAGUACCCGGCGGAGUUCGAGCUCGGGCUGUCGAGGGGCGCGCCCGGCCAGGUGCUGUACCGCGCGGCGUACCAGAGCCACCCGAGCCCGCUGGCCAAGUGGGACGACGGCUACUGCGAGUUGCAAAACGCCGACGACGCGCUGUGCUUCCCGAGGGUCGUACCGCACGUGGGGUACACGCACGACCGGGACGGUAAAAGGCUCUUGACCAACUACGGUCGACCGUUGCCGGCGGGGUACGUCGACCCGAACGUGGGCUGACGUGUCGUGGUCUAAAGUCGGUCGUGGGCGUUUCGUCGCGCUAUCAUGAGACUUAGCUAGCUAGCUUUGAGCGAUGUCCUGGAGCC